CCUCCAAGGCUAAUAUUUCUGUCAAAGGCUCGAUUCACAUUAAUAAUCUAGCAUUGUGGAUCUGGAAGUGAACACCAGCCUCACUCCACAUAGCUGUCCUGCAAACUCUGAUGCUUCUUCCCAUACUCUAUUGCAGGCAGCCAGAUAAAUCUAGGAACUCUAGAAAUCUCCAUACCUGGAUUCUGGGAAUUCAUUCGCACAGACUUCUGGGAAACGUAGUCUUUGGUACUGUGACAUCACAGGAAGCCGUCCAGGAAAUCCCAGUCUGUCUUUUGGUUUAUACACGUCUUGCUGUCUCUAAGCCACACCUGGUAACAUUUCUGGAGCAAACACAAGGGCCUGGGGAUGUGAAGAGACAAGCAACAGACACUGUGUACCCAGGAACAAUACCAAAUGACUGUAACAAUUAUAGCAUGGCCAUUGACUGUAACUCACUCCUUACUCAACGCCAGAGAAUUCAUACAGGGGAGAAACCCUACAAGUGUGAAAUAUGUGGAAAAGCACUGAGUUCUCAAAAAACCCUAUCUAUACACCAGAGGCUCCAUACUGGAGACAAACCCUAUAUGUGUAAAGAAUGUCAUAAGGUGUUUAGUACUCGUUCAUCACUUUCUAUACACCAGAAAAAUCAUACUGAUGAAAAGACGUACAAGUGUGAAGAAUGUGGCAAAUCAUUUUACUAUCCUUCAAUGCUGAAGCAUCAUCAAAGAAUUCAUUCUGGAGACAAACCCUACAAGUGUGAAGGAUGUGGCAGAGCUUUUUAUUAUCCUUCAUUCCUGAAGCGACAUCAAAGAACUCAUUGUGGACAGAAACCAUACAAAUGUCAAGAAUGUGGGCAGAUGUUUUCCUGUGCUUUAAUCCUUAAUAAACACAAACGAAUUCAUAUUGAUGAGAAACCCUACAAGUGUGAACUGUGUGGAAAAGGAUUUACUAGGCCUUCUGUCCUUUCUGAGCACAAAAUAUGUCAUACUGGAGAGAAACCCUACAAGUGUAAAGAAUGUUACAAAUGUUUUUCCUCUUCUUCAACCCUGAGAAAUCAUCAAAGAAUUCACUCUGAAGACAAUCACUACACAUGUAGUGAAUGUGGCAGAGCCUUCUACACGCUUUAUGCCCUUACUCAGCACAAGUUUGUUCAUUCUGGAGAGAAGCCAUUCAAGUGUGAAGAAUGUGGGAAAGCUUUUUAUGAUCCUUCAUACCUGAAGAAACAUCAAAGCGCUCACUGUGGGCAGAAACUGUACAAGUGUGAAGAGUGUGGAAAAACAUUUUUCUCUGCUUUAGUCCUUAACAAACAUAAACUAAUUCAUUCUGGCGAGAAACCCUACAAGUGUGAACUGUGUGGAAAAGGAUUUACUAAGCCUUCUUUCCUUUUUGACCACAAAAUAUCUCAUACUGGAAAGAAACCCUACAAGUGUGAAGAGUGUGACAGAUGUUUCUCCACUUCUUCAACCCUAAGAAGACAUCAAAGAAUUCACUCUGAAGACAAUCCCUACAAGUGUGAGGAAUGUGGCAGAGCCUUUUACAUGCUUUAUACCCUUACUCAGCACAAGUUUAUUCAUUCUGGAGAGAAACCCUACAAGUGUGAAGAAUGUGGGAAAGCUUUUUCUUAUAAUUCUAUCCUGAUCCAGCACAAAUUAAGUCAUACUGCAGUGAAAUCUUAUCAGUGUGAAGAAUGUGGGAAAAUGUUUUACCCUACUUCAAAACUAAAGAAACAUAGAAAAAUUCAUUAUAAAGAGAAACUGUAGAAAUGUGAAUUCUGUGGAAAUGCCUUUUCUAGUAAUUCUUCCCUGGUUCAGCAUAAAAUAGUUCAUACUAGAGAAAUGUCCCAAGUAUGAAGAAUGUUUUCCUGUACCUCAAAACUGAAGAGACACAAAGGAACUCAUUGUCAAGAGAAACCUUUCAAAUGUGAAAUAUGUGGUAAGGACUUUUGUACUCACCCAGAACUUUCUGUACAUAAGAGAAUUGAUGCCAAUAAGCUACCACACAGUGUGAGGAAUGUGGAAAAACAUCUUCUAGGCUCUCAUACCUUACACUUCACACAUACAUCAUUUCAGGGAGAAAUCUUAUAAAUGUGAAGAAUGUGGCAAAAUGCUUUACUUGAUUUGGGCCUUAAAAAAGCACUACAAAAUUCAUACUGGAGAAAAACCAUACUAGUAUGAAGAAUGUCACAAAGCCUUUAGUACACAAACAACCCUCAAGAGACACAAGACAGUUCAUACUGGAAAGAAACCCUACAAGUGUGAACUGUGUGGAAAAGGAUUUACUAAGCCUUUUGUAAUUACUGAGCACAAGAUAGCUCAAACUGGAGAGAAACCCAUAAGUGUGAGUUAUGUGGCAAAGGUUUUGCCUAUUCUUCAGACUUUAAAGCACAUGAAAUAAUUCAUUCUGAAGACAGUUGCUACACGUGUGGGGAAUGUGGCAAAGCCUUUACCAAACUUUGUAUAUUUACUCAACACAAAUUUGUUCAUAUUGGAGAGACACCAUACAGGUGUGAAGAGUAUGGCAAAGGAUUUUCUAGUCCUUCAUAUCUUAAGGGACAUAAAACAAUUCAUUCUGAAGAGACUGCCUUCAAGUGUGGAGAAUGUGGCAAAGGGUUUGUGAAUCAUUAUACCCUUUUUCAACAAUAAGACACACACACACAUAUGAUUAUAGAAUAUUCCUCUUGUACAGUGUAAAAAUGUAUCACUGGAAUUGGUUUAAUAAAAUGUUGAUUGGCCAGUAGCCAGGCAGGAAGUAUAGGUGAGGCAACCAAACUAAGAAUGGUGGGAAGGAGAUGCAUGGAAUGAGGACUUGUGAGCCAGAUCCAGAGGGAGCAGAAGAUGAAUGUGUCAUGCUUAUAAAGGUACCGACAUGUGGCUGAGUAUAAAUAAGGAAUAUGGGUUAACUUAAAAUGUAAAAGCAAGUUAG